CUGUGUCAAAAUUGUCAAAAAUGCCCUGAAGAAGCCAGCUGUAGGGGAUUGUUUUUUCAAUAAAUUUUAAAAACUAACAAGAUGAAUGAAGACCUGAAGCUGAUGUUAAUUGAUGAUAUUAACAUAAAAAUAGGUGGUGAUAUUAAUGAUUUGAGCGAAGCAUUAUCGCUUGAACGGGAUUUGUUAGAAAGGAGAACAGCUUUGCAGAGCAGUUUAAGAUUGGUUAACAAUGAGGUGCCGAACAAGAUAUCUCUCGCUGUUGCGAAAGCUGAGUCGAAUUCCACACAGAUAGCAAAUCUUAAGAAUAGAAGUGAAACUCUCAAAUUAAAAGUAAAAGACUUUCUUGAACGAACAGAACCUUUGCGCACAGAACUGGACAAAAGGUUCACCGCGAUAAACCGAUUAGAACAUGUACUAGUUUAUCUGAAAUCAUUUGUGAAAAUAGAUGACAUCAGCCGUCAAAUGAAACAAUGCAAUGACGAUGAGCAGCUAGUGCUCUGGUAUGCAGAGCUCAAAGAAAUGUGUAUUCUAUAUCAAAGCGGUCACCGGGCUACCUAUGUCAAAGAAUACACACAUUACUGGCACAAUAUUCUCAAAGAUAAAAUGACAAAGAGCUAUGAAGACACUCUAAAGCUGAUCAAGUGGCCCUUAGCAGCUGGUGCUCAAAACUCACCCCCACCGAAAGAGAUAUUAAUUAGAUUCAAUAAUCUUACACGCUAUUUGUUCCUCAUCGAAGAACCUGAGAGUGUUUCCGUAGCUAGUGUAUCUGGAGAAUUUGGACAAGAGCAAGACCCUUGUCUCCCAGUGAGAAUCCUAUUACGCCCUUUUAAGAAAAGGUUUGCUUUCCACUUCACUGGGAGUCGACAGACUGCUCGAAUCGACCGCCCCGAGUGGUUCCUAACCCAAACCCUCAACUGGAUAAAACAUCAUCAGAACUUUGUGCGGAACAACGUCCAGCCUGUUGCUGAUAAACUUGAGUUGAAGAAGAUAAAGACUGUGGACGAAUUCAACGACGGUCUUAUAGCUUUAGCUGCUGAGCGUCUCCACACAGUACUUGGCUUGUACCACGCUCAGAACGCUAAAGGAGAUUUACUCGAUGCUGACGCGGCUUUCGCCCAUGCUGUUGACGAAACCCUUGGUUUCCAUAGAGAGCUGAUGCUUAUUACGGACAAUGAAACCAAUAAUGUGUUAGCAGUGCUGACUAAAGCUGAGAUCUUUGUGAAAUGGCUGGCUGUUGAGAAGAAAUACGCGCUAGCAAAAAUGGAUGAGACACUAAGCAGCGAGCAAUGGAGCGAGGCGGUGGCGGCGGGCAUCGGGUCCGCCGUCGGGGCCAUGGUUUGGGUCCCGCGGGGCGCCGACUGGUUCAUAGCGCUGCUGAAGACUAUCGAGGACCGAUACGUUGUGCUGCCUCAGCCGGGACACCGAUUACAAUUCCUCGAACUUCAAUUGGAACUGGUGGAAGAGUGGCGCGUGCGUUUGACGCAGCUGUUAAACGCUGCGGUCUCUUCACUGCGCCCUGAGACUUUCUUGACAGCUGAUUCGUCGCCGCAUCCGUUGACAGCUGUCAUCAAUGCCACGCAUCACACCAGAACUACACUGAUUCAGUGGGCGCAUUCCUUGCAUUACCUCCAACUGCACUACUACCGGCGGCAGUUCAACCACUUCACACAGCUGCAACACCUGGAUAACGAGGCUCAAGAACAAGCAGAGAACUCGAGCGCUGAAGAAGAGAGCGAGGCAUCCAACGUUACAGGUGAUUUAGACUCCACUGCAGGAAGGCGACCCUCUAACGUACCAGAAGACAAAGUUGACCUUGACGAUCUAGCCAAAAAGAGGCCCACGUUGAAGGAAGUCGAACUUCAUGCCAAGAAGCUAGCAAUGAAAUUUGUAGAGAAAUCAUACUCACUGAUGAGUGACUUGCCGCCAGUUGAAAUACAAAUCCCCGAUUUCACCGGCCGUUCGUCAUCUCCCAUAGCAAGCAUGGUGAUAACCACGACAAUGCCAGAGAAUCCGGACGCUGAGGAUGCCGGCGUUUUCGGCGAAGCCCCGAGUUUGCUAGCUCGGCUUCGAGACAGCGGUCUGGCGGACUUGUCUGAACAUAUACUGCUGGAGUUUAAGGCAGGGUUGAGGGAUUAUAAGAAGUUGGCCUGGCACGCGUGUCUAGUAGUAGAAGAGAUGGCGUUAAGCGUAUCUGCGCCGCUAUGCCGACCGCUGGCAGCGCUUUGCGCGCGGUUGGGGGCAGCCUCGGCGCGCUUAGCACCCGCGUUGGCCGCCCGAUUACGCGCGCGCCUGGCUAAUGACGUCGACCAGUACAUUUUCGAGGUGAGGCUUCUUACAGGUCAUUGA